GCCUCAUCAUUGGCGUCAGUGGGAAUAGGUCCCAUCAUUGCGUCAGUGGGAGGAAUAGUGUCCCUAUCAUUGGCUGCCCCAUCGUUGGUGUCAGUGGGGGGGAGGAAUAGUGCCCCAUCGUUGGUGUCAGUGGGGGGAGGAAUAGUGCCCCAUCGUUGGUGUCAGUGGGGGGAGGAAUAGUGCCGCAUCGUUGGUGUCAGUGGGGGGAGGAAUAGUGCCCCAUCAUUGGUGUCAGUGGAAGGAAUAGUGCCCCAUCAUUGGUGUCAGUGGGAGGAAUAG